ACAACCUUUUCCUUUCACUUAUCAUUUUAUGACUCUAUGUAAGGGUGUGUUGAUAAUUAUUCUACACUUUUUUGGCUUUUUGGCCAUCUUUCCAAUAUCGCAUUGUAUAAUUCAUCCUUUGUUUUUGUGCUCAUCUAGUCGUUCCCAUCCUUUGCGACAUGUUCUUUUUUCCGGCAAAGCACCACCGCUACCUGGUAAUGAUACUGUUGCAUCCGGUGUGGUUGGUAGAAGCUCAAAGCGGAAGAACUUGUUUAAGCAGCAAUUGGAGGACUAUGUAGACAUUGAUUCCUCGAAUGUCCAAAGUCGUGAUGGUGAGCGUUGGCAGGACAUAGUUCUUGAGGAAGUCGCCAAGAACCGUAACGAUGACCCAUCUUCUAGUUUUAUAUUUGGCGAGCACAAUGUAGGCACACCUCGUUUCAGUGAGGGUAUUGGCCCAGCAUCCAGUAUACGUGACAUUCCGUUUAACUAUAGGUUAUCCCCUGAGGGUCGCAUGAAGAUUGAGGACCGUAUAAGUCACUUGAAGCGUUUGGCUGCUUCAGAGCCCGGUUGUGUUAAUAAUAAACGUCCAACAUUAUGGAUCGUGCGCUCUAGUUUCGGUAACUAUUGUGAGUUAUUGGAGCGUGAUGAAGAGCGACUAUCAUCAUUUGUGAAGGCAGUCCGUUCUCACUUUUCGCCAGACCAGCUCCGGGUGAUGAAGUUACAGAUAGACAUUCGUAUGCCGCUAUGUGAGAUAUUUUUUGAGGGUGACAUUACUGACUUGGUUCGUAUAUUUUAUGCUCGUGGAGGUACACUUCAAUUUUAUGUGGUACCUCGUUUUUGGACUCGUUGUGAGCUUCUUGAGAAGGACCCUCGUUUAGAGGCCAAGUAUGGCAAGGCAACAGCUCCUGGUUUAUUCCCUCAAUGGGAUGAGGAGGGUAUGCUUGAGGAGUUGAUUGACUGUAUGGACAUCCGUCCCGAUUAUGCAUUGGAGUUCCGUGUUCCUAAUGCUUGGCAUCUUUUGCCUAUGGUUCCUGAGCGUGACCGUGAGUUGAUGGAGACUUUAUUUGAACGUGUUCAUUGGCCUACUCGUUUACGUGUUCAGAAGGCUUUUGAGAGUGGUAUAGAGGACUACCGUGAUGUUAUAUCUCGUGAGUACAAAUCUCUUCAGCGUAGUGACCGCAAGCGUAGCAAUAUACUGGACUACUGGCUGCCACCCGUGUAGUUAUUACUGCAGCUUACUUAAUGUUCCACAUCUGCAUCAUCGAAACCGUCAUCAAUAUCCUGUACCUUA